ACACCUUUUCUCUUCCCUUUUCCCCUUCACCAGCUGGUUGAGGACGACCCAGCAGAGGCAUCUGCCGGGUAGUGGGUGGCGGGGCCCCAGAACGGAAGGAGCCUGAGUCCCCAGUCACUGAGUGGAAGGCUGUGUGAACGCCCACAUUUGGACUGUCAGGAGACACUCUGACUGAGAGCGCAUUUUGGGGACCCACUUGAUGUGAUGUGGUCUUGGUUGCCUGAUCCUUCUUCCAUCUGUGGAUCGUGGUCCCUGUGACAGCAGGGGGUCAGCCUCCCUCUUUCCUCCGGAAGAUCACUCUUCUAGGGACUCAGCAACAAUGGAAGUCUUGGGGUUUCUCAGACUAGAAGUGAAUGGCCCCAUGGUGGCAGCGGCCCUCUCAGCGGUCCUCUUGGCCCUCCUGAAGUGGUAUUCCACAUCAGCGUUUUCAAGAUUGGAGAAGCUGGGCAUCAGACAUCCCAAGCCGUCUCCUUUUAUUGGAAAUUUGACAUUUUUCCGCCAGGGUUUCUGGGAAAGCCAGAUGGAGCUCAGAAAGCUAUACGGACCUCUGUGUGGGUACUAUCUUGGUCGCCGGAUGUUCAUUGUUAUCUCUGAGCCAGACAUGAUUGAGCAGGUGUUGGUUGAGAAGUUUCAUAACUUUACCAACAGAAUGGUGUCCGGUUUGGAGUCCAAACCGGUGAUGGACAGUGUCCUGUUUUUACGCAACAAAAGAUGGGAAGAGGUCAGAAGUGUCCUGACUUCGUCCUUCAGUCCUGACAAGCUGGAUGAGAUGACGCCCUUAAUCAGCCAAGCCUGUGAUCUGCUCCUGGCUCACUUAAAACGCUAUGAGGAAUCCGGCGAGGCUUUCGACAUCCAGAGGUGCUACAGCUGCUACACCACAGAUGUGGUUGCGAGUGUCGCCUUUGGGACCCAGGUGGACUCCCGAAGGGCCCCCGAGGACCCCUUUGUGACGCACUGCAGGCGUUUCUUUGCAUACUCCAUCCCCAGGCCUGUCCUGGUUUUAAUCUUAUCAUUUCCAUCCAUAAUGGUCCCACUGGCCCGGAUUUUGCCCAAUAAGAACCGAGAUGAACUGAAUGGCUUUUUUAACAAACUCAUUAGGAACAUGAUUGCCUUGCGGGACCAGCAAGAAGCACAAGAGAGGCGGAGAGAUUUCCUCCAACUGAUCCUGGAUGCCCGACAUUCCACCCCCUCUGUGGGGGUGGACAGCUUUGAUAUGGUCAGACAAGUGUUCCCUUCCACUCACUGCGCCGCGGGUGCCCCCCGGCCACACCAGCCCGGCCGCCUGUCCAAGCCACUGACUGUGGACGAGGUCGUGGGCCAGGCCUUCAUCUUCCUCAUCGCUGGCUACGAGAUCGUCACCAACACGCUUUCUUUUGCCACCUACCUCCUGGCCACCAACCCUGACUGCCAAGAGAAGCUUCUGACAGAGGUGGACAGCUUUAAUGAGAAAUAUCUUCCCCAUCACUUCAAACUCUGGGCCCCGCAGAGAACGACCCUUCAAAGUUGGAGACUACACCCCUCUGGCUUCUGCAGAUUUUCUCCGUGUGGCAGAGGUUCGAGUCCCCCAGCCCUCCGAGUGCUCCUCCGGUCUAACUGUGUCCCUCUAGGGGGUGACACAGCCAGAGUGGUGGCUGGGCCAGGGUGUGGGCGGACGGGAACGCCGUGGCGGCUUCUGUGAUGGUGGUUUCCAGUGGCCAGGUGGGCCCGUUACCUGUUCUCUGGUAAUCGUCCCUGAAUGUGUCAAAAUAGAGCUCAAUUAUAGUAACCCUGUAGAAUAAUAAGUCCUACAAGUUUCAAAUACACUAGAUAAGGUUCUUCUUUUUUCUGUGCUCCAAAAAAAAUGAACUCCUUCAAGCAUUCCGAAGCGUGGUGAACAACGUCCUAUUUACCCUCUUUGAAUCUUUCCUUCCGAGCACUUGGCUCCGCGGUGGCUUUGUGUAUCUUCCCCUUGGACCAGAAGCUCCACAGAGAGGGACUCACCAGAGCAGCCCCAGGGCCCGGGGCCCUCCCAGGGGCCCUAAGGAAUGGGCAGAUGGACCCCUGUUGUAGGCUCUGACCCCACCUCAUGUCCUCCAGCCCCAUCUCCUUUCCUGUCAUGUGCCAGACAGGUGGGUGCCUGGGAACUGUGGUCCUGGGUUGGGGCAGCACCCACGAGCCUGUUCCCAACAUGGUAUCACAGCGGGGGCCCGUCUUCAGGUGUGACUGAGAUGCCAAGUGGGCAUUCCGGGAGCAUCUUUGGGGAGAAACCAAGUCAGAGAGUGGGUCGGGCCUACAGAGGUGCAGUCAGUCUACACAGGCUGGCCAGAGGGGAGGAAGCCGGGGCUGAUUACGGUGGCAUGGUGGAGGUGGGGGGAUACACAGCUACGGCCUUGACAGCAGCGCACACUCACCAAAGACUUACUGCUUGCCAGGUGUGGGCAAGUGCUGGCCUUUUUGCCGACUACAGCUUUUUGGAACAGUCUUAGAAUCAUCCCCAUUCUAUGGUGAGAAACUGAAGCUGACCGUGAAGCUGACCACGGUCCACAGCUGGUGAGCGUGCUUCGAACCACUGUGCAACUCAGGCUCCCAAGGCAGAAGUGUAAUGUGGAAACAGGGCAGACCCUGAACGAAUUCCCCAGGUCCUCUGUACAGAGCUAGACUUUAUAGAACCUUCUGGAAGCCCAGGGCAUGAAACUGAGCCCCUGAGCGUGGCAGGGCUUCUCGAAGGGAUAGCACAGGGUCCCCAGGGACACCAGGGUGCAGCUCAGCGGGAGAACCAGCAUGAAUCCAAACACUAGCGGCAGCUGCUCUACUGCGCCCUUUCCUCCCAGAACUGGAUCUCCCUGCCAUCCCCCGUGGGGACUGGAGUUUCAUAUCCGCACACCCUGUGCAAGAGGCCAGAACGGUCGGGGCAGAGGGAACGUGCUCCGGCCAGAGACCGGCCGACAGUCCAACACGUGGGGACAGAGACUGCACGUGGCUCUUUGACCGUGUUGUGCUGUUUCCAGCUCGCCUAGCCAGUAUUCUUCCAGAAAUGUUCAGGACCGAAGCCCCUUUCCUUGGCUGCAUCCAUGGUAAGCCUCACCCUGUGUUUCCCAGGAUCAUUUCCCAUAAAUCCAUUUUCAGGGCCUCUGAGCCCAGAACAGUCAGCUGUGUAAACGAAUGUAAGUGACCAUUCCACUAGGAACAUCAUCAGAAAGAAAGGUAAUGGGCAGGUACCUGCAGAGCUUGCUGAAGUGAAUUCCAGACAUUUCUGCCCUCAGUUGCCCUCAGUUACCUUAAACAAACAAACACACACACACACACACACACACACACACACACAAGGAAGCUAAGUAAUCUGGGGUCCUAAAGACCAGAUUAGGCUGCCCAGGCCAGGCUGGCCUUAGCCUAGAAGACGGUGCGGGUCAGAGGUCAGUGACACCUUUGUAACAAUGGUGUUUUCUCACCAGGCAGGUUUGACCAGUUUUACAAAAUUUAGUUCCCAAACUAGAAACCCAGCCCUACCUACCAUUAGUCUCAGUUUGUGGAAAUGACUCUCUUUCCUUAGAUCACUGGGGAAAGAUCACAGCAUAGCACAGGCUGAGCCAAAGGGAGCAGACAUCAGAAGGACUUCUAUGGAAGGUGAUGGCUUGUUGUGGGGUUAACGAACCUUGAGAGGAUCCCACAGGGGCCCUCCUCCAGCUGUCAUUUAAGUCCAUUUCCUCCUGCCCUUCCCUUAGAAAAAAAAUGGAGAACAGCUGGGCACUGUGCUAUUUUCAGUAAACUUGCAAAUAUACUUACUGGUCUGGCCAGGACCCCCAGGGGUGGUCUCCAUGGCCCAGGGACAGCCUUGGAACAAUUGCUCUUCGUAAAGAAGCCAGAGCCGGCUGGGGCCGGAGAGGGAAGAGUGGUAAGCCGCCUGGGACACGGAGCCCUGAGCCCCCUGCAGGUCUGCUGCAAAGACUAUAGGGUAGAGCCGUGGUCUACUCAUGUGCCCGAGAAUGCCCCAAAAGUUCAGGGGGAGUAAAGGUCCAAGGCUCAGAAACAUGACGAGGCAGAAACUCUGUAUCUAGCACCCUAAGAGCAAGGGCCGAAGAAUUCUCUGAGGCUCCGUCUUCUUUCCCAAGGAGCCCCCCACGCACACCCUCGUCCGUCUGGGAUGAGACGGGCCCUCGCCAGCCCGAGCACUUGGCCAGGCACCCAGGAGGACUCGCGAGGUCCCUGCAGGGCUCCUCCCGGUUUUGCAGGGAGAGGCCCCCACUGCACACACCCCAUCUCCCUGGCUGGGGGUCCAGAACACUCGGGACUCUCAAGAGUUCUGUCCGCCCACACCCACCCUGAGUCCUCCCUCUUCCAGAAUGCUCCAGGCCCAAGCCAGCCCAUUUAUGUGCUCCUGCCUCAGUUUCCGUGCCCGCUUAGGAAGCAUCUGCCUCCAACCAUCCCUCAGCUGCUGCUCAGCCGUGGGCACGGAGCAGUCACAGCGCACAGUGCACCCUGUGGUCCUGCGCGGCUGAGGAUGAGAGAAAAGGCUUCCUUCCUCACUGUCCUCCGCGUGGCCUUGUCAGCCUUUAGAAUCGGGCAGACUUGGCUUUUCCUCACACGCCACUGUUUCUGCCGGGCUCCGUCCUCUCUCUGCCUCCCGACCUUGCCCACAAACCCCUCUGAGCCUCAGUUUUGUCAUCUGUAAAAUGGAAACUCAGUGAAAUGAUACAUGUGACACUCGCCCUGUGCCUGACCCCCAGGAUGGGUCAAUAAAUUCCCAACAGACCUGCGAACUUUCCCUUCUUACAACGACGUCGUUGAUUCCACUCUCAGACCGGCCCCGCCCCCGCCCCAGGCCAGGCUUCCUUUC